AAAUUAAAUGUCAUCAAUUUAUGUUCUGUCAAUUCAAAUUGGAAAAAGAUUUCGAAGAGAAAUUGUUCUCUAAUAUAUUCCGCGAUAAAGAACAGAUGUGCGUUAGGUGCGCUGUGUUUACGGUAAUAGAUAAAAAUAUUUCCAUAUAAAAUAUGUUGAAUCAAAAUUGCUAAAAGAAUUACGGCCAGCGCCGCGGAAUUUGAGAUUUUCUACGAAUCAGAAAUGUCUCAAGUCGGCGACACUUCUACUUCAGGAGAAGAAGAACAAAAAGAUCCGCCUUCUCAAGAAGCAACUCAGAAAAAAAAGCGGAAGAAAGAGCCAACCAAUAAUACUUCAUCCACAAAAAAGAAAAACGAAAAUAAAUCCCCUGAUAUUGUUUUCAACGCACAAAGAGAAAACGAUAAACAAUCAGCAUCUGUUUCCAAUAAAUCCCAAACAUCAAUAAAUACAACACAUAAUCAAUCUGUCCCUGAUCCAGUAGAAACUGAUGAGGAAGAUAAUGGACGAACAUUAUAUGAUAAUACCACAAAUAAUACACAACAACAAACAAUGAAAACUAAAGUAUAUUUUCCUACGAAAACAAUGAAGAGAAACUUCUCUGAUAAGAUGAAUGAGUUAAAAAUGAUUGAAUAUGCAAAUUUAUUUUACAUAAAUACUGAAAAUGUUGAAAUGGACAGAAUAUAGAUGUCAACUAUUUGGUAA